UCCGGUCCGGUGUCCCGUGACCCACAGCUACCUGCAGUCUGCAGCUACCAAACCUAUAAUUUCCAGGCAGAGGCUUACACCCUGGCCAGAGCCGGAACCAAGCUGGAGCCGAGGUCGUGGGCAAAGCCAUAGCUCAGCCGGGAUCGGAGGGCGCGCAUGCGUCUUUUUAUUAUUUUCUUGCGACUUUCUCGUUCUCCUAUUGAAUGCCGACAACGUUAAUUCGCACGUCGCGACGACGAUGACGACAACGACGACGACAACGAAGACAACGACGACGUCGACGAUGACGACAACGACAACGACGAUGACGACAACGACAAAGACGAUGACAACAAUAACGAUGAAGAAGACGAUGAAAACAAGAAGAAGAAAGAGAUUGAAAACGUACACGGUAUCAACGUUAUCGGCUAUCGUGCGAAUAUCACCUUACAUCGUUAUUGCUACUAGCAAAAAUAGAAGACAAAAACAAAGAUGGGAACGAAGACGAGAACAGGGUUAGAAUUAGGGACAAGGACAAGAUCAGCAGCAGCAACAGUUAAAACAAGAAACGACGACUACUACGUGGUCGGUGGUCACGACGAAAAGAAAACAAAGAAACAGAAUCAAAACAAAACCAAAAUGAAUAAGACGAAGAAAGGAAGAAAUAAAGAAAUUUGGGUAAAAGAGAAUAAUCUUAGUGGGACGGUUGUCGAGAUGUGCAAUAUCGGAAGCGAAGCGCAGGAAGAAUAGUUUAGAGAAAUGCGAAGGAUCCGAUUAUCGGUAGCAGUGUUGAAAUUUAUAUCUGUGUCGGUGGUGAUGCAGCCACGCGUCAAUCGUGGCCGACUGUUCCUUUGGAUUGCUCGCGCGAGGAUCGCGCGGCGCGCGCGUGCUCCGAGCCACCGCGCAUCGCGCAUUACCCUUCUUUCAGUUUCUUCAUGCUUAUAGUGCUUCUAUACGCGGUACGCGAUUCCCGUUGUCGUCGGCAACAGAGGAUUGCCUACGAAGGUACAAGGUGGUAAAUCGAUAAGGAGUUGCGUAAGGAGAAACGAGAGGAGCCGCGAGACGAAUUUACGAGAGAAAGAAAAAGACUGUGAAUGGGCAGAUUAGUAAAAAUGUUGCUCUUGGAAUACCAGUUGAUGUAUAUCGAUCGUUGCACACGCAGAAUAAUCGAUUAAAUCACCGCCAUUAUUGUCAUCGUCGUCGUUGUCGUCGAUAUUGACUCGCGAUAGCGAGUAAAAAUGUAUCGAUCUAAGAAUACGUUUGUGCUUGAUAGUCCAGCAGGUGUACCCGUGGGAGAAGCAAGUGACUGGAAGAGGAUAAUUGAAAGUUGAGAAAUUUGGCCGGAGCGAAGCGAUUAAACAAGGUGAUUCGAUGAACAUUGAAGAUUAACGCGAAAGUCGUUAUGUUUGCCAAGUCAAAAAGCAGUGGCUCGACACCGAGCGUAAUACUUCCGAAUCCCCUUCAAAAUUUAUACGAAGUCGGUAAACAAUCGGCUACCGCGGGCCCCGAAAACGCUUGGCGCAUAUACGACGGAUACACGAAAACCGAUCGAAAGGAAGUGUCGAUAUUUUUCUUUGACAAAAGAUCGGUUGACAAGCUGCACAAACCGAAACGAAAGGAGACCGUGACGGAAAUUUUACGGAAUGGAGCACGACAAAUGGAACGAUUCUCUCAUCCAAAGAUAUUACAAGCGUUCAAGGUGGAGGAAUGCGCGGAUAGUUUGGCAUUCGCGACGGAACCAGUGUUGGCUAGUCUUGCCAACGUUUUAGCCUAUCAGGAGCAACAAGCGAAUAACGUUGGUCAAUCGUCGAGUAACGUAACGAAACAAACUUCCUCGGUCGCUGGUCAUCGUGCAACGUACGCGAAAGAAUACGAGUUGCUCGACAUAGAAAUCAAAUAUGGGUUGUUGCAGAUCACGGAGGCUCUGCUUUUUCUUCACGGAACCUGCAAAGUUCUUCAUAGGAACGUUUGUCCUGCCAGUAUUAUAAUAACCAAAAGAGGUACUUGGAAAUUGUCAGGGCUCGAAUUUAUCGAAAAAGUUAACGAAGUACCGAUGAUACCAUUGCAACCUUGGACUAACCGCAUGCCAAAAAUGACGCAGCCGAAUCUCGAUUACAUAGCUCCGGAAGUGCAGCAAAAGAAAGUGGGAGGCUUCUACAGCGAUAUGUACAGCUUUGGUAUGACGAUAUGUGCGAUUUUCAACCAAGGACGCCCGUUGAUUCAAGGAAAUCAUAGUUGUUCCGAGUACCUGAAACAGCUGGAAAACCUGAAAGAACAAGUUGAGGUUAUACUACCUCUAGUUCCUCUUCCGCUACGAGAAGCUGUUUCCCGACUGUUACACGUAGAUCCAGAAAAGAGGCCGACCAUUCAAGUUUUAUCCAUGAUUAAAUAUUUUCAAGACCCACCGGUAUAUGCGCUUCAGUUUCUUGACGUUAGCAAAAUGAAAGACGUAUUGCAGAAAGAGCAUUUUUAUACGACUACUUUGAAAGGAAUAUUGCCUUAUAUACCAAGGAAACUUUGGUAUCAACAUAUCUGGACGUAUUUACAAACUGAGUUGGAAAGUCAAGAAGUGCAAUCGGCUGUACUACAACCGGUACUUUACAUCGUACAGAAUAGUACACAAGAGGAGUACGAUCAAAUUGUAUUUCCAUCGUUACGGUCGCUUUUUUCGAAUCGGAAAUCGAUUCAGGGUACGGUAACGCUGUUGGAAAAUUUGCAUUUGAUAUUAAUGAAAACAUCUCGAGAAUAUAUAGAAGGUGAAGUACUUCCAAUGUUAUACACAUCUUUCGAGAAUUCAACUACUCAAGUACAGACCGCAGCAUUCGUAGCUGUAUCGAACGUGACCGACUACAUAGACGAUGAGUCCGUUCGAAAUAUCGUACUGCCGAAACUCCUUCAAGCGUUUGAAAAAAAUUUAAUAGAUUCCCGAGUACUUAUGAACGUGAUCCCCUGCAUUUUAAAUCGGUUGGAGAAGCAGAAAAUCAUCGAUUGCAUCUUACCGUUGUUGUUCAAUGUAAAGCUUCAAGAACCGGAGAUAAUCGUUCGGGUUGUACAGAUUUACAGAUUGAUGUUAACCGACAAAAAGUACGGACUUUCGGUCAGCUGGAUGGCUACUCGAGCGAUGCCUUCUUUGCUACCUCAUACUAUCAACCCGGCACUGACUCUUGACCAAUUUGAAUUACUUCUCAAGGUGUUACAAGAUAUGCUGAAUCACAUCGAAAGGAAUCAAAGGAAUCAGUUAACCCUGGACAAUCUGUCGUUGUCGAGCCCGGAACGAUAUCGAAGUUUACGGCAUCAACAUAGUACGGAUAAUAUGUACGUCGCGCCUUUCAACAUACCAAACUUACGGAUCGAGCAACGUAAAACUUCUUCGGCCGAAGACAUGGCUCGGAAAAACAGCACAAAUUCGAUGUCGUCGACGGUUUCGGCGGAAAACAUGGCGAGGAAGAACUCGAUGAUAACCAUGUUCAGAUGGUUCUCGUCCUCGAACAACGACAACAGUAAUUUCUUGAAAGUGGCGAAUACCUUUACGAGCAGGCGGUUAUCGGACAACACUCUGAUGACACCGAAAAUCCGGGUAGCACCGUCUUGCGAAAGUUCUCCAGGUGUUACACCCGGCGAUGGAUUACCAAUCCGGCGCCAUUCGAGUACCGGCCCUCAAGAUCGACGAGGAUCUAAUAUAAAUUUAUCGCCUCCCUUGGGUGGAGGAAUGCCGAUUACCAGUAGCAGUGUGCCAUACUUGGUUAGUUCAAGCAUGAACAGUAUACGAGGUUCGAGGCGUCCGUCCGUUUCUUCGACGUCUUCUCAGCAAGGGACCGGACUUCUACAGCAGGUUGGCUCCAGCAUGGUAAGACAACAACCCCCCAUCUGCCUCAACCUCAAUGGACUACCACCACCACCACCACCACAACCACAACCACCAACACUUUCUCCAUUACUCCAGCUACCGGGACAGCCUUUCCACUGACCCUUCGUUACAGCUGCAGCUACCAAUUCUUCAACAAACAGUUCGACGCUUGAACCGUGACCUUCGUAGGAUACCGCGUACCCAUUGUCAUAACGAACAAUUGGUUACUAGUUACUAAUUGCUAGUUACUGAUGGUUACCGUCCGCGCGACACGACGCGACGCAGUCAAGGUAAACAGCAGCAAAUAAGAAUAAUUUGAUAGGGAUCUCGUUGAAGUUGGAGAAAUGGCUUUUGGUUGAUCGAUCUCGUUACAUCAUCCUAUGUAUGUACCUAGUCGUAUCGUACGUACGUCGAAUAACUUUUACUCUUGAGAUGGAUAUACUUGGACCUAAAAUCUAUCGGUCAUCCGUAGAAACGUAGUAGCACGAGUAAGGACUUUGAUUUCUUGCAGAAAAUAUCGAUUUAUUCGAGACCUUCUAAAGUGGCCUAAUCCCAUAAGUAAAACAUAGUUGUCAAUUUGUCUGUGUAAUCGUUUAAGACAUUCUGAAAAAACACGAACGAAUGUGUUUAAUACGUGGCCUAUCGUUGCACGUAGAGUCGGUGCAGUUGAAAGUAACGCGAGCUUCCGACCAAGUGGCGAAAGUAAAUGCGUUUUAAAAGGCGCUCCAAAAGAGAAAAGCAUUUUUCCAUGCAUGUUCCCGCAAGUACAAUCAAAUUUAAUUACGUAACACGAUGCGUGAGUCAUCUCGACUAUUCCAAGUCAAUUAUAGGUAAUACUAUCAAUUUCUUCAUGUUAUGCAUCCGCUUUUUCUCUAAAUUUCACUUCUUGUAAAUGUAACGUUGAAAGCGAAAAUUUAACUGCUUUCACUACCUGGAAAAUAAUAACAGGUUAUCUCGUUGUACAUCGUUUCGAGAAAAGUAACUUCAUUUAUUCUCUUAUUACUAGUAAGCAAACUUAUCGUUAUUUGCAUUCGCUUAUGGCGGAGGAAAAACGUACGCAAACAACGUAACAAACGUCGAUGAAAAAUAGGAACACGUUGUAUAGGAUAUAAAUUGUGUGUUGCAAUCUGAUAAAAGCGAUUGAGAGUUGGAAAAUUUAGUUUGUGUAAAAGUGUCGUGCAAAAAUGUCAGAUGUUGCAACUAGGUGUAUUUCGAUGCACAUGUAUACAUAUCAAACAUGCAUAGUUGUACGCGUGAUAGCUUAAAUAUCUCCACUUUGGCGACGUUUCCUCUCCUCGAUCGCGUUGGAAGUUUGUUUGUUGAAUUCUCGAUAAAAAGUAUAUUGUUAUAGCAUAUUUUGGAACGUAUGCAGGUGUGUGCGUGUGUAGUGUACGAGACGAUAUGCGUAGAAUCGUGAAAAUGUAAGAGAAUGGAAAAACGGAGAAGAGGAUAAAUAUGUUAACGUUAACGUAAGAGUUAAACGUAAGAGUACUUAGGAACGUAAUAGCAGGCAAAUCGCAGGAGACUGGCUGCUUUUCUGGAUAAUGACGCGGCACUAGAAAACAAAGUGUCCUUAAGAUUCGCGCUAAGAACUAGUUUUCGUUCGCUAGAUCACGAUCUGCGUGAUCAGAAACGAAUAGUAUCGUUGAGAUAGAACUGCGUGGACAAUCUUGGGCAAUUUUCGGCAAUCUUGGACAAUCUUGGUCAAUCUUGGACAAUCGUUGACAAUCAUCAUCGAGAUCGAGAACUCGCGAAAAAGUUGACGCCACUUUUAAACCGAAUUCCAUUGAAUUUUAUUGGCCGGAAUGAUGUUUGCGUCCCUGCGAAUCAUCUCUUAAUAAUUAAUUGGCGGAAUUGUAAUUGUGGAAAACAUUUGUUCGUGUAAUAUCGCUUCGGCCAUCAUCGGUUUAUCGGCGAAAAAACGAGUCUCACGAUCUCACGUAUUCCAAGUAUCGCGACUGUAUCGUACAAACAGAAAAUGACAAUCAUAUUCGAUUGCGGAGCUACGCCGAAUAUUGAAAUUUUCCAAUUCUAGAACGUAAAUUUCUUUGACCUGUCGUGUGUAAGUAAGUAAGUACCUGUCGUCGAUCGAUAAUGUCGACCGUAUUAUUCUUCCCAUCGAAUGUUUUCCUUCGUCCACUUUGUCGUGUUGUUUGUCGCUUCUUCCAUUUUUCACCUAUAUUCCCUUCUCUUUAUUUCUUCCAUCCUUCUUCCUAAAGUCUAUUCUAUUCCACUUUGACCGUUCCGAUUUUACGCGGUGAACGGCUGUGAACCGUUUAAAAGUUGAAACGAUCAUACACCCCUUUUCGAUGCAGACGAAAGCGUGACAAUACCGUGGGGUGACUGUGAGACUGAGGAACUGUCGCGAGUGUAUUGCUACUUAUUGUUAGAUACGAUACGAUACGAUAUACCAGUAACGGUUGAGAAGAAACGGGAUCUCGUGGUAGGCAUGUAUCGAAGAUCGACUGCAUCGAAAUCUAACGCGAGCAAUUCGCCGUUUACGAUCAAUUACGAUGUUCCCAUUGUCAUUAUUGUUAUCAUUGUAUUCUGUAAUUUUCUAUGUGUAAAUGCGAAUACACGCAACGAGUAACGUGCUCAAUAGAUUUCCUAUCGAGAUUAGGUGUCGAAUGCGAUCGAUCAUUCUCCGUGAUAUCUUUCGCAACCGACUUCCUUUCUCGACUAACUUUAGUCCGUUCUUCGAUCGUCCGUUCUCGUUAUUAAAUAUGUAUAUUUCGUGUAUCUCUUUCGAAGGAUGUACCAUAAUAAAAACGAUGCUACUUGA